AUGCUCCGCCGCCCCGGCUCAGGCUGCACCACCUUCCUCAAACUCCUCGCCAACCACCGAUCCGGGUACCACUCCAUCUCCGGCCACAUCUCCUACGACUCCCACACCCCAAAAGAAAUAGCCAAACACUACCGCGGCGACGUCCAAUACUGCCCAGAAAAUGACGAGCAUUUCCCCACCCUCACCGUCGACCAGACGAUCCACUUUGCGGCCAAGACGCGGGCGCCGCAGGAGAGGGUCGAGGGGCAGACGAGGGGUGAGUAUACGAGGCUUGUGGCGGAUUUGUAUGAGACGAUUUUUGGGCUUGGGCAUGUGAAGAAUACGGUUGUUGGGGACGCGUCGAUUAGGGGGAUUAGUGGCGGCGAGAAGAAGAGGGUUUCUUCGACACGCGGCCUCGACUCAUCCACCGCCCUCGAGUACGUCCGCGCCCUGCGUAUCGGCACAGACCUCGCCAAACUCGCCACGAUCGUCUCCAUCUACCAAGCCGGAGAAUCGCUGUUCAACUUGUUCGACAAGACUACACCCGAUUUCUUGGUGGGCGUGACGGAUCCGAAGGGGAGGGUUGUGAGGGGUCAGGAUGAGGGGAGGGAGCGCGGAAGUGGGAAUGGAAAGGGGGGUGCUGGAAAGGGACUGGCUGGGAGUGGUGGUGAUGAUGGAGGUGGAAAUGGAGAUGAAGAUGGGGGUGCUGGGAGUGGGAGUAAUGGGAGUACUGACGGGAGCAGCACCGCAGGAGGAAGCGGCAACGGGAACGAAAACGACAGCACCCAACCAACCCGCAAACCCAUCCCCCAAACACCCCUCGAAUUCGAACAGUACUACCGCGCUUCGGAGAUCUUCAGGAUGAAUGCGGCGGAUGUCGAGGAUUAUCGUGCGCAAUUCGCGAGUGAUGCCGGCAAUACGACAAGUGGUGGUAAUAAGGCCAGUGGUGGUAAUGAGGCGAGUCACGGUAAUAAGGCCAGUGGUGGGAAGGACGCAUCGGCUUUGAAGGAGGGGUAUAAAGAGAGUGCACGGCAGGAGCAUGCGAGGCAUACCAGACCUAGGAGCUCGUACACGAUCUCAAUCCCGAUGCAAGUCCGCAUCGUCAUGGUGCGCAGAGCGCAGAUUAUGAAAGGCAGUUUUUUGGCACAAGGGUUGCAGACGACUACUUUCGUCCUUCAAGCUAUCAUCAUCGGUACGACUUUCAUUCGCGUCCCAGACGACACUUCAGCGUACUUCUCACGUGGUGGCGUAAUCUUCUUCUCCGUCUUCCUCCCCGCCCUCUUCAGCAUGUCCGAAAUCCCUGCCCUCUUCGCUCAACGCAGGAUCAUCCACCGCCACGAGCUAGCCGCGAUGUACCACCCCAUGGUUGAAUCCCUCGCCUUAACGCUCGUCGAUAUACCGUUUACGUUCGUGACGAUGGUGCUGUUCACGAUUAUUCUGUAUUUUAUAGUGCAGCUGCAGCAAACGGCUGGGCAGUUCUUCAUCUACUUCCUGUUCGUGUUCACGAUCUCGAUAACGUUUAAAGCUUUCUUUCGCGGUUUGGCGGCGAUGUUCCCUUCGGAGGCGCCGGCGCAGGCUUUGGCUGGUGUUUUGCUGCUUGCGUUGUCGCUUUAUGCCGGGUAUCAGAUUCCGAGGCCGUCGAUGAUUGGUGCUUUGAGGUGGAUAUCGUAUAUCAAUCCGACACUAUACGCAUUCGACUCGCUCAUGACGAACGAGUUUCACACUCUAGACGGGACAUGCGCGAACCUCGUACCUUCCGGGCCCGGAUACGGGGGUGUAGGGCUGGCGAACCAGGCGUGUCCGGUUGUGGGCGCCCAGCCAGGCCAGGACCGCGUCGACGGGAGCGACUACCUCGCGCUUUCGUUCGAGUAUUAUCAUCGUAACUUGUGGCGGAACUACGGCAUCCUAGUGGCAUUUGGGAUCUUCUUCCUCCUCUGCCUCCUCGUUUUUUCAGAGUUUAAUACGCGGGUUGCGGGGGAUCGGGCGGUUAUACUGUUUAAGCGCGGGACGAGGCCUGCGGUGGUUGAGGAGGCUGAGGCGGCUGUUGGGCCGGACGAGGAGAAGGACCAGCAGCCGGGUGAGAAGGGUGGGGUUAUGGCUGUGGCUGAUGAAGCUACGCUUGCUAGUUCUAGUGGAUCUAGCGGCGGUAAGGAAGCGGACGGUGGUAAAGAAAAGGAUGGGGAGAGUGGGAAGGAUGGAAAGAAUGGAAAGGACGGGGAGAAGAGGGCAGGAGUCAUCGAUGUGGAAGCUGUAGAAGCGCAGGAUGCGCUGAAGGAACAACCGAAGAUGACGAACGUGUUUUCGUGGGAUCAUCUGCGGUAUAUAGUGAGUGUGGCGGGGGAGAAGAAGGUAUUGUUGGAUGAUGUGUCGGGGUAUGUUGCGCCGGGGAAGUUGACUGCGUUGAUGGGGGAGUCUGGUGCUGGAAAGACAACCCUUCUGAACGUCCUUGCCGAACGAACAGACACGGGCGUCAUAACAGGGGACCGGUUCUUCAACGGCCAAGCUCUCCCACCCGACUUCCAGUCACAGACGGGGUACUGCCAGCAGAUGGACACGCAUGUGGGGAACACGACUGUUCGAGAGGCGUUGAGGUUUUCGGCGAGGUUGAGGCAGCCCAGUGAUGUUCCUACUGCCGAGAAGGAUGAGUAUGUAGAGAAGUGUCUGAAGAUGUGUGGGCUGGAGCCGUUCGCGGAUGCGAUGGUUGGUACGCUUGGUGUGGAGCAGAAGAAGAGGACGACGAUCGGGGUCGAGUUGGCGGCGAAGCCCAAAUUGCUGCUUUUCUUGGACGAACCGACUUCUGGGUUGGACUCGCAGAGCGCCUGGGCAAUCGUGUCUUUUCUCCGGACAUUGGCUGAUAAUGGACAGGCUAUUCUUUGCACGAUACAUCAAGUGAGAUAUGCACCGGAACUCUUCGAAGUGUUCGACCGCCUCUUACUCCUCAAGAAGGGCGGUCAAGUCGUUUUCUUUGGCGACAUUGGCACUCACGCGUCGUCGCUCAUCAAUUACUUUGAAUCCAAUGGAGGGCGGAAAUGCAGCCCAGAGGAGAACCCAGCAGAAUACAUGCUCGACAUCAUUGGUGCAGGUGCAACGGCCGUAACCGAUCGAGACUGGAACGACGUCUGGGUCCAAUCCGAGGAAUGCGCAAGGGCCAAAGAGGAGCUGAAACAGAUCCAUGAAGAUGGUCGGAAGAGUCCUCCCGUGGCAGCUACACUCAAAUCGACCUUUGCAACUCCGUGGAUAUAUCAAGCCAGCUUUGUCUUGCAGAGGUCCUUGAGGACGUAUUGGCGGGACCCGACAUAUUUGAUGUCCAAGUUGACGUUGAAUAUUAUCGGAGGAUUGUUUAUUGGGUUCACGUUUUUCAAGAGUAAGGAUACGGUGCAGGAUACCCAGAACAAGCUUUUUGCGAUUUUUAUGGCUACUAUUUUGAGUGCACCCUUAGGCGGCCAGCUACAUGUACCAUAUAUCAAGAUGCGUGACAUCUACGAAAUCCGCGAACGGUCCAGCCGGAUGUACCACUGGACCGCCCUCGUUGCCUCCCAAAUCCUCGUCGAACUGCCCUGGAACAUCCUCGGCUCCAGCCUCUUCUUCUGCUGCUGGUACUGGACGGUAGGCUUCCGCUCCUCGCGCGGUGCCUACACCUACCUCAUGUAUGGCUUCCUCUUCCCGACGUACUACACGACCAUCGCGCUGGCCGUCGCCUCGAUGUGCGCGACCGCCGAGAUUGCGAGUCUGAUGUUCUCGUUUCUGUUCUCGUUUGUGUUGACCUUCGAUGGUGUCGUGCAACCGUACAGGCAGCUUGGAUGGUGGAGGUGGAUGUACCAUCUUUCUCCGUAUACGUACCUGAUCGAAGGUGUAGUAGGCCAAGUAUCUACUAUCGACACCGUUGGAGAGACGUUGGCAUAUUUUGCGGGUAUAUCGUUUUCAACUAUCCACGAGUAUCCGAUGUUGAUUCUCGAAAACAAUCCUAGUGGCAAUACCAUAUCGCUUUGGAAUUUACAUGAUACGAUGGGCGCCUAUGCGAGACCGAACAAGCGCCGAUUCCCGGGCCAAGAUUUCCAGAGGUGCUUGGCAGGCCAAUCGGUAGGAGGAGGCCCUAGUAUCUCACGAGCCAAGCGUAUGUCGAAAGCCUCGGUUUAUCACUAUCACAUCACUAUCUCCUUGCUGCGUGUUACUCUAUUCUACCUGAGACACUUUAUUCCACAUUUCCUGACAUCCCAAGGGAGAGACGGUAGGAGAGAAGCCACGAAGCACGUGUGGUACGCGGCGCGCCCGGUUUGUGGAUUCAAGGUCCCCGUUAAAUACUCUCGCUUGCCAGUGCGUUUCCCUCCCGGUGACAAAAUGCAAGACAAGGCAACAAUGACGCACCUCUUCUUUCCCAUUCGUUGGACACCUUACAAGGGGAAGAAACAGCUGGUGGACGAAGCACACGCUGUGAAGAUUCGCGAGGAGACCGAGAGAGAUAAGGCGAAACUUGGGAUAUUUUUGCGUGCAUUGAAGGAUGUAGGGGCAAAGCUCGACGUGGAGAAGGUGGAGUUUACUUCAUGA